GGAGGUACUAGAUUAGCUGGAAAAAUAGCUCGAAAGGAAGGAGUUGCCAUUAAUUUAGGAGGAGGUUUUCAUCACUGUAGUAAAAAUCGUGGUGGAGGGUUUUGUCCAUAUGCUGAUAUAUCAUUGRUUGUGAACGAUGCAUUACAAGAAAAUGACUGUAAACUGGUGAUGAUUAUUGAUUUAGAUGCUCACCAGGGUAAUGGAUAUGAAAGAGAUUUUAUUGGCAACUCAAAAGUAUUUAUUAUUGAUGUAUUUAAUAAAAAUAUAUACCCAAAAGAUACAUAUGCAGAAACUGCCAUUUCAAAGGCUGUGAAACUAGAUUACUUUAUACAAGAUUAUGAAUAUUUAACCACCGUUGAAAGUGYUUUGAUUGAAUCACUGCUGAAAGUUAAACCAGAUUUCAUAAUUUAUAAUGCAGGUACAGACAUUUUAAAAGGAGAUAAAUUGGGGUUACUCUCUAUCACUCCAGAGGGAAUAAUACAAAGAGAUGAAAUGGUGUUCAAAUUAGCUCAACAAAAUAAUGUUCCUUUAGUUAUGUUGACAUCCGGUGGUUAUCAUAGAUCAACUGCGAACAUCAUAGCAGCUUCAUUGCAGAAUCUAGUACAAAAAGGGCUAGUUAAACCAUCCUAAGUGGAAUAAUACAAAUUUAUAAGCGUAAAAUAUAAGUUCUAUCUAYUGUUAUUAUUCUAAUAAAUAAUAAAAGGCGUCCUGAUAUGUGUAGUACAAUAAGAAGAAUGCUGCUUAUUAUUGCUCUGUAUCUUUCAUAGAAAAAUAUUAAAGAAUACACCUAUAUAGGCACCUACAGUUAUAAUAAACUAAUAACAAAUGAAAAGUAAUAAUAAUAUAAGCACGUUGCACAUUGAAUACAUUGGACUCCGUUGCUCCAAGAUCCAAUUCCAAUAGUUAAUUAAUAGCAAAUAUUUUUUUUAAACAAUACUAAAUAAUAAUUUUAAUUUAAUUGGGUACCUUAAGAUAUUAUUUAACAUAACAAUUUUUUAUAGUUUGGAUAUUUUUAUUUUAAUAACAAAUAAAACGUUAAUUUAAGAUCCCGAGCUGAGAAUCUAUUGGUUUCAUAAUGAUCUGUGUGUUUUUCGUUGUUUACAUACUAAAAAUUAUACUUUACCUAUACGAGUAAAUUUAAUAAAUAAUAAAUUAAAAACAACAUUUUUGUAGCAUUUUUUAGAUUUUUGCACUACUCGACGUUUAUUUAUACGAAUAUGUACCAUAAUAUAGGUAUAUUGUAUAAAUAUUUUUUUCAAGUUCACAUUGCCUACCCAUAUAAAUUCCCRGGGCAAUAUAAUGUAAAUAAUGUAAUGUUUAGAAUUAGAUUAAUAGAUUUAUCUAAAAAUAGCCAUUUAAAUAGGUAUUAUAAAUACCUAUGUCCGGUUUCUCAUAUCACCUAUUAUAACAUGUAAUGAUAAGAAAAUAAUUUAAUUUUCCAUAUGAUCCAUUGGCCCCAUUAAAUUGAUGGUAGUUUAUAUUUAGUUAAUAAAUAUUGUAAUUAAUUAAUUUUAUUGUUUAUCGGUGUACAAACAAUUUAAAUAUUAAAUACAACAAUAUAAUAAUCUUUUAAAAWCCKUAUUGUAUGGACUCAAUAGUUAGUUUUUAAUUAGAUAACAUAUUGUUUGGUUUUGAAAUUUUAUUUGCCCCAUUUGGAAAAAAAUCAAAUAACAUAUUACAUUUUUUGGUAUUCGUGUAUUAAUAUGACUACAAAAAAUACACUAAUUGACCUCAAAUAUUAUUUUUCACUAAAGAGUUAAGACUGAAUAAAAUAAAAUUCUGUUUCCUCAUUACUUUUUUUCCCCUCAUUACCUAAAUAUAUUUUCUGUUAUAUUUUUUCGAUGGCUCACCUAAUCACUYRUAUGCAUUACGUAAGUUAAUAGGUACACUUAUUUUUUUUAAUCUUCCUGUCAAAACAUUUAACAUCAUACUAUAGCUGUCCAUCAUAAUCUAUUUGUAUGUAACUUGUUUUGAAACAUAGGUUAGGUAUAUAGUAUAUAAUAUAUAUGGAUAUAAUAGAAUUUAAGGACGAUAUAUUGACUAGAUAUUAUAGCAAAUAUUAAAAUAAAUGUACAGGGUAAUUCACCAAGCAUACACAUUAC